GGAAGUUCCUAUCUCUAAAAUGAAGAUAUACCUCAUACUUGAGUUGAUGCUCUCUCUCUCUCUCUAUACAUGUCUUGCUUUUAGUGCUAAUGUGUAGCUUUUAGAAAAUUCAAUGUCCUAGUCUCCCUAGGCACUCCCCAGGCUUGGGUUAGUAUGUUGUGUCAACAAGAUAGGGGCUAGGAUAUGCAAGUCCGGUCCUUUUUGGCUAGGAUCAUGAUCCCAUAUGAGCCAUAUUAACGGCUGGCGGGACGAAUAUUACUAUAGGUUUCUGGCAGUUACACCAGUGGUUAUCUGAUCGAUCAGGCAGUGCCUAGGUACUGUACAUGCAACACCACCAUCCAGCACCAACUCAUGAAAGUGACUUAUAGAAGCACUCUCCUCGAUAUCCUGACUAUAAUCGUACAAGCUUCGCGUCAUGUAUAUACCAUCACAGGGAGUUUAACAACAUCACUCGCGCUACUUGUCUUAUUCCUUGACGUAGGUUGGUUUACAAAAUUCACUCUCGACCUUAAAAAGGCAUUAAUCUUACCCCUAUCAGUGUGAACAAGAACACUAAUGGUAGAAGGAUAUGUUUUUCAACGCACAAAGAGACUCA